AAAAUAAGAAAAAGUUGUGGGAACAAUUUUUAGCCAAUCAGAUCCUUAGCCACCCUUGGAAAAGUCGUUAUAUAUAAACAAAGCAAAAUGCUCCCCGGGGCAACCUAAAACCUUUCAUUCUGCACAUAUACACAAUAAUACUAAUAAUAAUGGCGGCUCUUUCUCAGAUCUUAGCUCAUAUUUACACCAUGACUUUAGUCUUCUUCACCAUUCUAAUUCUCGAACUCGUCAUCUUCGUUCGUUCAGUAACCGAUACAAUCUCCGAUUCCGGCCGCACCCGCCCCAUCACCACCAAGCAAUACCUCAAGCUCAUCGAUGAAAAAAACCCGGUCACCCGGUUCAAAACUGCGUCAAUCAACCCGGCCGGUUUUUCCGAGUCUUGUGCGGUAUGUUUGUCGGCAUUUGAAGACGGAGAAGAAAUACGGAAGCUGAAAUGCAAGCAUAUAUUUCAUAAGGAUUGUUUGGACACGUGGCUCCAACAGGAUUCCGCCACGUGUCCACUCUGUCGGAAUAAGGUGCUGCCGGAAGAAAUCGUUGUGAAUUUCCGGCAGCACCGAAACCAGCAGACAGAGUAUGAAGGGAGUGAUGAGGAGCUGAUUUUCUUGUUAUCUGCAUUACAUGGUUCACAAUGUCAAAAUUUAAAGGAUUAAGAACGGCGGCGGCUACGGUUUGCAAUGACAACGGCAAGAGUUAGGCGACAGCUAA